AUGACACAAAAUGCUAAAGAAAGACUGGAUGCCAUCCCGUCGACAAAGAUUAGCUGGAAGAACAAGGAAGAGGAAACUGCCAUGGCCAAUGGAAAAUUCAUGUUCAACAUCGACCACAAGCUCAUGUCUGGUCUUGGAUCUAACAGUGUCAAACGUGCAGUCUCAAAGGCUAAAGAUAUCUAUGUGAAUAUUGAGAAAGCUAUGUCGAGGAUGCUGGUAGCAACAACCACUACUCCAGAAGGAUCAACCACCUUCGAUUUGCAGCAUGCGUAUUUAUUUUGUGGUGGUAAAGCCUUUGAGAAAGGACCUGUUCCCCACAGUGCUUAUCUAAGCGAUGUCUGGCAUGCCCCCGUCGAUGUUGAUGGUACGAAUGUGUAUCUUGUCCCUGCAGAUUCUCAGCUUAAUGCGGAUGGACCACUUGAAGCAGACCCUAAAGAUAUGAACUAUGGCUACACUAAGUGUGUUAACCUAGCCGACAAGGAUCAAGCAGCGGCGCUUAUCAAUCCGGACAACUACAGGCUUUUUGCAGAGAUGAGCAUGUCUCCGAAAACAGAGUGGGUUGCAGCGGACCCAGUGCCUGCUGCAGCGAACCCAGUGCCUGUUGUAGCGGACCCAGUGCCUGCAUAA